AUGUCGGAUAAUAUUACAAUCAAUGGAAAGUCGGUCGCAGUCGACGACCAGAAACUUGAUGCCUCCGAUUCCGGUUACAUACUCAUUCGGACAACUGGCGAACCACUGAACAGGGCGCAGAAGCUAGAGCUUGCGACUUUGGGUGUCAAGCUCCAGGAAUUCGUUGGCCAGAAUGGUCAACAGCUCUACCUCUGCAGCUUCGAAAAUGACUCGCUUGAGAGAGUUCGCAAGCUGAGCUACAUUGACUAUGCCAAUGUCUACUCUCAAGACUUUGUCAUUCCCGAUGUGCUGCAAUCAGCGUCUACGAGCAUGCCUACUUCGGCCCACGCGGGCCAGGAGGCUUCUGAGCAAGUCGAGGUAGACGUGCUGCUACAUCACGACAUCAGUACGGUAAGCCCAGAGCUUCUCGAGAAGAUUGCGAAGAUUGCUCGGGUAAAUCCGUCUGCGACUACUGUCUCCGAAGACGCGGCAUCACCGGUCAUGGUUCGCAUCAAGGCUGGCGCCGCGGCACUUGAGCAGCUCGCCGGACUCGACGAAGUGCGGGUGGUGCAUCCAGUGCUAGAGAAAUCAUUGUUCAAUAAUGUUGCGCGACGUGUCUUGGGGUUUGAAGAGAUACAGGAGCGUGUGGCAGCCAACUACAACUACCCACGACCGGAUGACGGUACCUCUGUGAGGGACAUGGUUGGCGACGAGAUGGCUGAUGCCAUGGAGAAGGACCAGGUCGAGAACUCCGGUCUUUCUGCUAAAGAGAAGGAACCAAUGCUAUAUGAUGGCAGUGGCCAGACCAUAUGUGUUUGUGAUACAGGGUUCGACAUGGGCAGCACUACGGACGUGCAUGACGCAUUCCUCGGGAGAGUUAAGGGGCUAUACUCUUGGGGUAGACCGGGAAACAACGAGACUAAUGAUCCAGACGGACACGGAACACAUGUGUGUGGCUCCGUCCUGGGCUCCGGGCAGCACUCAUCCGAAGGCACUGUCCACGGGGCUGCCCCGGCAGCCACACUGCUUGUGCAGUCUAUGUUUGUUCGCUUUAACUACGCCACGAAUGCAAUCCUGGGUGGCUACCCUCAAGAUCUUGGGCAGCUUUUUCAACAAGCUUACGAUGCCGGCGCUCGCGUCCACAGCAAUUCCUGGGGUACUCCUAUGCUCCCCUCUACACGAAUUCAGCGACCGUAUGACGCGGCAGCAUCCAGCAUUGACAAGUUCGUCUGGGAUCAUCAGGACAUGACAAUUGUGUUUGCAGCUGGAAACGAAGGCCAGGACUCUGACCUCAACGGCACUGUCAACGAACGCUCCCUAGGCGCCGAGGCCUCUGCCAAAAACUGCAUCACUAUAGGUGCCUGCGAGUCCUAUCGUCCAGACCUGACGGUGGCGAAAAGUAACGCUCCUUACUCCUAUGGCACAUUCUGGCCCAACAAAUACGCCAAGAACCCACUUAGAGACGAUCACCUAGCUGACAAUCCGGAGGGCGUAGCAGCGUUUAGUUCCCGCGGUCCGACUGCUGAGAACAGGCUGAAGCCAGAUCUCGUAGCAUGCGGAACCGCUAUCUUGUCAGCCAAGUCGCGCUGCAAGAAGUACCUGACCUCAGUGGACAAGACAGGUAUCUCUGCCGACGCACGGUACAUGUAUCUCUCCGGCACCAGUAUGGCGACACCACUUGUCUCUGGAUGCUGCGCUGUGGUGCGCCAGGCCCUGUACAAUGCUGGCUACGAAGAUGUGCAGGAAGUGAUCAACCCGCUAGACAAAGCAGUUACUGAGCUUUUCUCAGAACAACUGGGUCCAUAUGUGCCAACGAUCAAGAACAACCCUACCGCCUCGCUUAUAAAAGCAUUACUCAUCAACGGUGCUGUGCCCAUUCGUGGUCAGUACAUGCCAGAAUACCUGCCGAAAGAGCUUCCCGAGGGGUUGCCCAAUCCACAUUCAGGGUUUGGUAGGGUAAAUAUUGCUGCAACGCUUGCAAACAUCAAGCAGACCGACUAUUCGGGAUGGAGAUGUGAUACCAUCGACGAAGAGAAGGGAGGGGCCUUCUACACGCUUGUGAGCGUCCCGCUGCCGCAGGACGUUGCCAAGGGAGACCAUAACAAGCCUGAGGCUUGGGGUUUCAAGACACUGAAGGUAACCAUGGCCUACGCUGAUCUCCCUGGCGCUGCACUUGCGAAUGAUUUGAAUCUUGUCGUCGUCAAUGUCUUCCAGAACAAGGAGCGUCAUGGUAAUCAAGGCCCAGGCAAGGACUUCGCCAAGGCCAGCAAGGAAGGUUUCGACCGCGACAACAAUGUCGAGCAGGUCGUCUGGCCGGAUCUCCAAGGAGGUGACCAAAUUUGCAUUCUUGUUAAGCCCUACCGUCUGAUGAGCGAAAAGGUUCCAUUUGCGCUUGUCUGGAAGUUUACCUAG